AUGGUUAUUAGUGGUGGUGAUGUUGACGAUGCUUGUGAGGUGAUGGUGUUGGUGUGGUGGUGGUCGGUGAUGAUGGGUAACUGGAGAAACUUUGAAGGUUUGAAUGCUUCAAACUACGAUGCCCUGGUAAUCCCUGGAGGUCGCGCUCCAGAAUACUUGGCCUUGGAUGAAAGUGUUAUUCAACUGGUGAAGGAAUUUAUGGAGUCGGGAAACCAAUGGCAUCCAUCUGCUAUGGACAACAGAUUUUGUUUGCUGCUGGUCGCCUGGUCUUUUGAAGGUUUUUCCCUUAAGGCGCUCGGAUUUAAUUGGACAGAAUCCUCGAGGUUUCAAAAGCUCGGUUAA